AUGGCGGACGGUAUCGUUAGCGCCGAGCAUGGAGGGUCCAUCUGGGGCUCCGGCUCCUCCACGCACGUGGUGGAGUCAUAUGAGGAGGAGGAGGAGGAGUGGGCAGGCUUGGAACCCUUCUUCUUCGACGUGGCGGAGGCGGGCGGCCACUACAUGACCCGCUACUUCUUCUACGACUUCAACGAAUUCGACAUCGACGAGGAGUCAAGCAUUGGACCAAUGAGAUACACCAACAAGAUCUACAAACUGGAUGAUUUUUGUCCUCUGCUUGAUGCAGUAAAUAUUCUCUCCGUGAAGAUAGCAUCCUUGGAUGUUAAAUUUCCAAUACAUGUCUAUGGCACUAUCAUUGCCAGAGAUUCCCUUGAUCGCAAGUGUGUUUAUGUCUUCCGCCGCAGUAGAGAUAAUUGCCAAGUCAUCAACUCUAAGACCCAACCGCUGACCUUGGAGGGCCCAAAACGAGGAAUCGUAUUGUUAGAUGAUCUAUUCAUUGAGAUCGAUCUGAAGAUAAAAGAUGUUCGACAAAAGGGUGCUCAACGGGGUAGGGACAGAGAACUUAGUAAAGGGUUUGUAACGAUCAAGGGCCUUAGUCGUCGGAUCCUUGAGAAAUCCUUUGUUGAAAGUAAAUCUCUUGCUACGAGGCUCAGUACAGUUGAGGUGGGGUGUUCAGUUGUGAAAGACAGCCUUGAGGCUCUUGUUGCUAUUGAAGUUUUACGUGGAGAGUUCAGUGGUAAAAUCACUGCUUGCACUGUGCACAUCCCGCAUAGCCUCCUGCUUCAUGAUAGCAAACUUCGUGGUAAGAAGAUUGGCGGCGUUAAAGGAGUUAUCCAACUUUUGCAGCCUGUCAUAGCUGUCGGUAGGGGAGACAUGCUGAUAAUUGUCAUCCAGACUAGCGAUGGUGUUUCUAAGCGCACGAUCGAGUUUACUCGAAGGAUCAGGAGCUCAGAGAAAGAUGUUAUCACUGUUGGUGUCACUAAGAUGCGCGUUAAGGUUUCUUGGUCGGUAAUGGACUGGUAA